UCGCUCGCCCGAGCCAGAUCCCGAGCCUGUGCGUUUCACAGCAGCGCGUGUCAGCAGAAACAACACCACUACGUUCAGUUUAUAUGUGUGCCUAUGAAUGUUUAGCGGAUAUAGCACAUAAAUAAGGGGGGGGAACAGUCGAGAAAACAACAGUGAGGAAACAACACCGGAAGUGGGCGGUUAAGAGAGAGAGAGAGAGAGAGAGAGAGAGAGAGAGAGAGAGACGAAUGAAAAAGUGCACAGCCCGCUGGUGGAAGCGGACACACGGGCAGCUCAGGUUGUCUCGUCGCAUUUCUCUCUCUCUAUAGAUCUACCCGGAGCUUUUCGGCUGCACUUUUAUGCAACACAUUUCAGCGCCCUGCCGAGGUUUCACUGUGCUUCUCUUCAGUCGCUCCUCGUACAUGGUAACACAAGACUGAAGACAAGCGAUGGCGGUGUGGAUUCAGGCCCAGCAGCUGCAGGGUGAUGCCCUGCACCAGAUGCAGUCUCUCUACGGCCAGCAUUUCCCCAUCGAGGUGCGACACUACCUGUCCCAGUGGAUAGAGGGACAACUCUGGGACGCUAUCGAUCUGGAAAACCCGCAGGAGGAAUUUAAAGCCAAGCGCUUGCUGGACGGGUUAAUUCAAGAACUACAGAAAAAGGCAGAACAUCAAAUGGGAGAGGAUGGCUUUCUGCUCAAGAUCAAACUAGGCCACUACGCUUCACAGUUAAAGAGCACAUACGACCGAUGUCCGCUGGAGCUGGUGAGAUGCAUCAAACACAUUCUCUACACGGAGCAGAGACUCGUCAGGGAAGCUACUAAUUCUAACUCCCCGUUGAGCGGGAUGAUGGACAGCAUGUCUCAGAAAUACCAGCAGAUAAACCAAGCCUUUGAGGAGCUGAGGAUCCUGACGCAGGACACCGAGAACGAUUUGCGCAAACUUCAACACAACCAAGAGUACUUCAUUAUACAGUAUCAGGAGAGUCUCCGAAUACAGGCUCAGCUAUCGAGUCUGGCCACGUUGCCCCCCGCGGAUAGACAACUGCGAGAGCCGAGCCUUCUCAGCAAGAGAGCUACUGUCGAAGCCUGGCUCACUAGAGAAGCCAACACCCUGCAGAAGUACAGACUGGGCCUAGCAGAAAAGCACCAGAAAACACUGGCAUUGUUGCGGAAACAGCAGACACUGAUCCUCGACGACGAGCUGAUCCAGUGGAAGAGACGCCAGCAGCUCGCCGGCAACGGAGGACCGCAUGAGGGAGGACUGGAUAUCCUACAGUCAUGGUGUGAGAAACUCGCAGAGACCAUUUGGCAAAACCGGCAGCAGAUCAGGAGGGCGGAGCAUUUAAGACAGCAGUUGCCAAUCCCGGGGCCCAUUGAGGAACUCCUGAAUGAUCUCAACAGCACCAUCACCGAUAUCAUCUCAGCACUCGUAACCAGCACCUUCAUUAUAGAGAAGCAGCCGCCUCAGGUGCUGAAGACUCAGACGAAGUUUGCGGCUACGGUGCGUUUGCUAGUGGGAGGAAAACUUAACGUCCACAUGAACCCUCCUCAAGUGAAAGCCACCAUCAUCAGCGAGCAGCAGGCCAAGGCGCUACUGAAAAACGAAAACACCCGGAAUGACAGCAGUGGCGAGAUCCUGAAUAAUAACUGUGUGAUGGAGUAUCACCAGGCCACAGGCACGCUGAUCGCACACUUCAGGAACAUGUCUCUGAAGAGGAUCAAGCGUUCCGACCGCCGCGGGGCAGAGUCCGUAACCGAGGAGAAGUUCACCAUCUUGUUCGAGUCGCAGUUUAGUGUCGGGGGCAACGAGCUGGUUUUUCAGGUCAAGACCCUGUCUUUGCCUGUCGUGGUGAUCGUCCAUGGAAGUCAGGAUAACAAUGCCACAGCCACGGUUCUAUGGGACAACGCUUUUGCUGAACCAGGCCGAGUCCCUUUUCUCGUUCCUGAUAAAGUGAUGUGGCCACAGCUGUGUGAGGCUCUCAAUAUGAAGUACAAGGCAGAGGUUCAGUCGAACCGAGGUCUGUCUGAGGAGAACCUGGUCUUCCUCGCUCAGAAGGCCUUCAGCAGCUCCAGCUCCAACCCUGAGGAUUACCGGGGCAUGACCAUGACCUGGUCCCAGUUUAACAGAGAAAGCCUUCCAGGUAGAAACUUCACAUUCUGGCAGUGGUUCGACGGCGUCAUGGAGCUCACAAAAAAGCACCUGAAGCCUCACUGGAACGAUGGGGCGAUCUUGGGCUUCGUGAACAAGCAGCAGGCUCAGGACAUGCUGAUGUCCAAACCUAAUGGCACGUUCCUGUUGCGCUUCAGCGACUCUGAGAUUGGAGGCAUCACCAUCGCCUGGGUGGCAGAGAAUCCCAACAAAGCCGGUGAGAGAAUGGUGUGGAAUCUCAUGCCCUACACAACCAAAGACUUCUCUAUUCGCUCUCUGGCUGAUCGCAUAAGUGACCUGAAUCACCUGCUGUUCCUGUAUCCUGACCGACCCAAAGACGAGGUCUUCUCCAAGUACUACACCCCUCCACUGUCGAAAGCGGUGGACGGCUACGUCAAGCCACAGAUCAAACAAGUGGUACCCGAGUUUACGACGCCUAAUCCGGACCCAGCAGCGAAUCCCACCUACAUGGAUCACGCAGCAUCACCGGCCGUCAGUCACCCGCAGAACUACGGCAUCUACCCUGCAAUAAACCCAUAGUGAUGUGAACAGUGAGGUGGACUGGGGUCUGCGCUGGGAAGGGGAGUACUUUCUUAUCCACGGAACCAACCUGAGUGCUGAAGUAGCAAUACUCUUCUGCCCAAGACUGAACGUGAAGAUUUUGUCAGUAGACGAGUUGGAAAGAGGGCGUCUGCUUAUGAUAAGAGUAAAUAUCCAUGAUAUGGAAUUUUUAUUCGUUAUUGUCUAUGCUCCUAAUACUGGUCAUGAGAGAGUGAACUUCUUUAACACUGUUAAUAACGCACUGAUUUCUUCCACACAAGACGCUUUACUUGUCAUUGGUGGGGAUUUUAAUUGCACACUCAAUUUCACUAUGGACAGAAACAGUGAAGAACCUUACUACCAAUCUUCAAAGGCCCUAGAAGAAGUGAUAUCUCAGUCCCAGCUGGUUGAUGCUUGGUGGGAGAAAAAUGAGGGAGUGAAACAAUACAGUUGGGUCAGCAGGAAGAGUAAGUAAGACCGCUUCUAUAUGAGUACCAACAUGAGGAACAGAGUAAUAAGUGCACACCAUGUAGCAUCUCUGACCAUCACCUCAUCACAUCCAGCAUCACCCUGUCCCGAACAAGACCACAGUGCUCCUUCUGGCAUUUCAACACAAAACUAAGACCUGCAGUUCUAUGAGAGUUUUAAGGUCUUUUGGGAACAUUGGAAAGGACAGAAAAAAGGAAUAUGAGAAUCUUCUUCAGUGGUGGGAGAUUGGAAAAGUUCAAAUAAGGAUGUUCUGCCAACAGUUCACAUCACAAACCUCCAUCAAGAUAAAACAAGCCAUGCAUAACACUGAAACAGAAAUCCUUAAACCGAAUCAGCCAAAAAACCCAAAAAUGCUCAGAGACACCUUGUGCAGAAGAAACAGGAUCUCAGUGUCCUCCUACAGGAAAAAGCUAAAGGAGCCAUGGCUAGAGCUCGCUUUCUUUCUGUACAGGACAUGGACUCUCCCACUGCCUACUUUUUUAAUCUUGAAUGGACCUAGACAAACACCUGUUCACCCUAUCCUUAAAGAGAACAGACAUGGAAGGACUCACGUCCUUUUACAAAAAUGUCCUUCAGACAUGGCAGACCCUGUCCUCUUCAAAAGAAAAGGAAACACCUGAACAGUGGCUGUUUGUAGAACCUUUGUUUUUCGAUCUUCUCCUCACCACAGAGAUGCUACAUUCAGUCACCAUCAGGUCUGCGCUGAAGGAGGCAGGACUCCUCAAAAUUCGUCACCUGAGAAGAGGAUCAGGCUGGAUAACAGCUGAAGAACUAGCCAGCGAAAUGGGAUUCAAAUCAACAACCUGGAAGCUGCUCUACCGGCCGUAACAAGUAGAUUCUUGGAAGACAAUCCAGUGGAAAGUAUAAACAGAAGAAAAAGUUUCUGACCUUUCCAGAGUUUCGGGUGUCUCUGAAGAAGGAAGGAUGGCAAGAGAACACUGGAACACUACGACCAUUCCAGAGUUAGGAGCAUUCAGCACUGUGGGUAAAAAAGCUCUCUACAGAGUGUGUGUCAAACAUCUCAACUAUCAACAACUUAAAGAUGUCAGGAGCACCAAAUGGACAGAAGUGCUCUUCUCCAAGAAGCAGCUGGAGAUCCCUGUACAAAAGACCCAUUGAAAUAAAGGUGGAGAAUUGUACAUGGGAUAUUAGCUACAGACCAGCACAUUGCUCGACUGGUGUCUUCAGACGAACAAGGAUGUCCCUACUGAAAAUGUCUUCCAUAUCUUCACGUCUGUCUGCAGUAUUAAAGCUAGUAGAAGUCUGGGGACAACAACUUGAAGGCUUUCUGUAACAAAGCACUGUUCAUACACGGACCAAAAUACUUUUACUGAACUUUUUAUAUGGCAAUGCUAAGCUAGCGAUCCGGGUGAACAGAAACUAGAAGGAGGUGAAGUGAUCCUGUGUUAUUGCUGAGAGGAUUAAUAAGGAAUAGGUUAACUGUAGAGUAUGUCUACUACACACGGGUGAAUAAUGUAAAUGAGUUCUAUGGUGUUUGGGGUGUUGAUGAGUUUGUAUGUAAACCUGAUGAGCGGAGACUUUAAAAACAUCUGGAAUUAAACUUUUUUUUCUGUCUGAUUGCAUGAACUGAUCUGUAAAACACUGUCAGUGAUGUUUUCAUUCUAUUAAUACCAAUUGAUUUUAACAUUCUUCUCUUUCUAUUUUUCUUAUUCCUUCUUUUUUCCUCUUUUUCUUUUCUCUUCUUUUUUUUCUUUCCAUUUUCUCUUUUUUUCCCCCCUCAUCUAUUUAUUU